UGACUCUCUCACGUCUCUUUCCUCUCUGGCGGUGAUGCCAGCAGUGAACCAGAGAGCCGCCGCCAGGCUGCCAUACCUGGGAUGGAUUUAGAAGAAGCUUUUCAAGUUGUCGGCGAGUUUGGACCCUACCAGAAGCGGGCCGUGGCUGUCCUCGUUCUGACACAGGUGUACAUGGCCUGUCAGUCGAUGCUGAUCGUUCUGGUUGGAUCUACGCCCGAGUACCGCAUCGAUCAGCAGGACGGCGGCGCCCCCUCCAGCCAGCAGGAGCUCAUCCAGCGCGUCACCUUUACCGAGGACAUCGACUCCAUCGUGACCGAGUGGUUCCUCAUCAAGCAUCAGGCCUAUAAGGUCAGUCUAGCCGGGUCGCUGUUCUUCGCCGGGCUUCUGAUCGGGAACGUUGUCUUUGGGCCGCUCUCCGACAGGAUCGGAAGGAGACCCGUUUACUUGACAGGUCUGUUUUUUGAGGUGAUUUUUGGUUACUUGACCGCGGUGGCGCCCAGCUAUGAGGUCUUCGCCGUGUCUCGUCUCCUGGUCGGCCUGAUGAACGGCGGCAUCGGCCUCGUCUGCUUCGUUCUCACUCAGGAGUACGUGGGCAAGUCCUACUGGGCCAUGACCGGGACGUUGACCAGCAUGAGUUUUGCGAUCGGCAUCGCCCUGUUCGGAGCUCUGGGAUACUUCGUCCGGCCGUGGAGGAACCUGGCAACCGUGGCGAACUCGUCCGGUGUCCUGUUCUUCCUGAUGUCUGUAAGUCUUCCAGAGUCUCCUCGCUGGCUGUAUUCUCAGGGUCAGACGGAGCGAGCUGAAGAGGUUAUGCGCUACGUGGCGCUGAGGAACGGCAACGCUGUCAACAACCUGACGUUACAACGCGUGGGUUCUGCUAAAGGCGGGAGCCGUGCCAACCGAGCGGGCGUCCUGCAGCUGGUGAUCCAUCCGGUCCUCCGUCUGAGGACCAUGGUGCUCAUGUAUGUCUGGUAUGCAUGCAGCCUGGUGUACUACGGUCUGACUCUGGGGGCCAGUGAGACGUCCGGUAGCCGUUAUCUUAACGUAGCGAUGUACGGCCUGGUGGAGCUGCCCGCCUACCCGCUCUGCAUGUACUUCAUCAACAAAGACUGGGCUGGCAGGAGGAAAAGCAUGGCCAGUUUCCUGUGUCUGGCUGGCUCCGCCUGCCUCUGCACCAUGUUCAUCCCCGAAAACUCAGGCACCGUGCUGAGCGUGACGUCGUUUGCACUAGUGGGGAAACUGAUGGUCAGCGCAGCGUUCAACAUCGCCUACGUCUACACCUCUGAACUUUACCCAACAGUUGUCAGGAACGCGGGUCUGGGAGUUUGUUCCAUGUCGUGCAGAGUCGGAGGAAUCCUUGCACCGUUUGUUCCUUCCAUGCGGGCUGUACACACCUCCAUGCCCUUCACGGUGUUCUGUCUGAGCGGUCUGUCUGCGGGCUGCCUGGGCCUCCUGCUGCCUGAAACUCUCAACGGACCUUCAGCUGAAACUCUGGAGGAGCUGAGCAGCCACAGCCGCGUGCUGCAGAGCAAGGCUCUUUUGUACGAAGAUAACAAAAAGAAAUCAAACCAGAAAUGAAGACAGCGGCCCCCGGUCUUUAUCUCCGGAGCAGCGUCCACAUUCCUUAUGGAACUGCUGCCUUGAAACACGGUGAGCUGGCCCUCUUUAAAUGAACCUGAAGGACUGAUCUCCGUGUUUACAACGGGGCGGGGCCGUAGAUGCCGACCAACACUCAGGAAGAGGACGCCAUCGACCGACUCGACUGACCUUUUUGUAUGUAAUUUACCAGGAAAAGCCACACAGCCGACCCCCUGCCUUUUAUUUGAUUUCCUGAAUAUUGUCUAAUAUUGGUGUCUGUUCCUUUUUAUUUGGAGGUGAAACGGCAGAGAGAGAAAGAGACUGAUAUGUGACUUGGACAUAUACAUAUAUAUACAUACAACACAUUCCAGAGGUGUCGGGAAGUCGGAAAAACCCAACUUGCUGCUUGCAGAGUUUCCAAAAUGGAGUUCUGUGACAUGACACACCAAACGUGCUUAGUUUAAACAUUCCUGAAAAGUAGUUCGAUUUGUUGUGUGUGUGUGUCUUUGUGCAUGCGUCUUUGUGCAUGCGUCUUUGUGCGUCUUUGUGCGUCUUUGUGCGUGUGCUUUGUUUAAACAUUCCUGAAAAAUACGGUUAGAUUUUUAGCAGCACCAGGACCAAAUGUUCUCAACGCUCAGCCGUUUAAAUAUAUUUCUCAGGGUCCAAAAUGAACUUUUUAGUCAAUCUGCCAACGGCUACUUAAAUGAAAAAAGUGUAUUUUUCAGCCGGCCAUAAAACUGCGUAUGAUACGAUGUCAUUACAAAGCGCCACUUCUAACUGACUUCUAACCGUUCUUCCACGGAACUCUUCAUUUGUUUCAAGGUUGAUCUACUCCAGCUUCGUGGCGUUACGUACUUGCGGACUCUCUUUGCGGUUAGCGUGAGAUUCUCCCCCGUUUGUUACCCGCCCAGUAGUUUAGAUCCCAACAUGACAUCAUGACUUUGCGUAAACAUACACGCCCACUUUCUUAACUUUCUAAAGCCAAGUGGCGUGUUAUCUGCACGCAUUUUGAGCACUGUAUACAGCGGACGGGUUGGGUUU